AUGUCAGAAAACUACUGGGAAAACCAGGAAGUCUCCACAGGGACCACUACCAUGGCUGUGCAAUUUGACUGGGGUGUGGUUCUGGGGGCGGACUCCAGAACAACCAUUGGGUCCUCUAUCGCCAAUCGAGUGAUUGACAAGCUGACUCCUAUUCAUGACCACAUUUUCAGCUGCCGUAGAGGCUCUGUAGCUGACACCCAGGCUGUAGCAGAUGCUGUCACUUAUCAGCUUGGAUUCCACAGCAUUGAAAUGAAUGAGCCUCCAUUGGUGCACACAGCAGCCAGUCUCUUUAAGGAGAUGUGUUACCAAUACUGGGAAGAUCUGAUGGCGGGAAUUAUCAUUGCUGGCUGGGAUCCUCAAGGAGGACAGGUAUACUCAGUUCCCAUGGGAGGUAUGACGGUAAGGCAGUCCUUUGCCAUUGGAGGCUCUGGGAGUUCAUAUAUCUAUGGCAAUGUUGAUGCUACCUACCAUGAAGGCAUGACUAAGGAGGAGUGUCUGCAGUUCACUGCCAAUGCUCUUGCUUUGGCUAUGGAACGGGACAGCUCCAGUGGAGGGGUGAUCCGUCUGGCAGCCAUUGAAGAAUCGGGGGUAGAGCGGCAGAUACUUUUGGGAGACCAGAUACCCAAAUUUACCAUUGCUACUUUAUUGCUGAGGGCCAUUGCCAAGUAUGAAUGACGCAUCAAAAUUUCCUUGCCAGC